GCGAUAGAGCGAGCGCGAGAGAGAGAUCGAGAGAGUGCAGGAGAGAGGCAGGGAGGGGGGCGAGGAGGGGGGGGCCGCUUACACGAAUUUCCAAGUGGUAGACCUGCCUUUGCGCUCUGCCCAAUGAGAUCCGUCAGGGGAGGCACCCGGCUCACUUUUCCACAUCACUUCACAGUUACAUUUGGCAGGCAGGCGGGCUCGCACGCCGGAGCGCUCAGCCCGGAAUUAGUGGAUUUAUUUGGAAUCUCUCUCUUUCUUCAAAGCUCCGCCACCACCAUCAUUAUCACCACCAUCAGCGCCGGCUUGGGGUAGAGACGGGGGAAACAUCCACCCACCAGGCUGCACUUUGGUCUGCGGACCUCUCCCCCCCCCCCUACCCCCUGCCUCGGGAACCCAUCGCCUCCGCCCCGUGUCUUGGCACCGAGCCCCGCAGCUCCACGAAGGCAUGAACGGAAUCCGAAGGCGCCUGGCCAGCGCGCGGGGACCGCUCGGCGCUCACCGCCCUCGGGAACCGACCCCGAGUCCCUCCAGCCAUUUGUGAACCAGGAGGCUUGAAAUUCGCCAGUGCGGAGCUCCACACGGGAGGCUUCAAAGCAAAGGAAAGCCAAUGGAUUGUGGUCUUAAAAACCCUGCAUAGAUGAUGUCUGUUUUCCAUACUCCAAACACGUGGCAGAGCUGUAAGUAAACGCUCCUCACUGAAUGAUGAAUUGGAUGGCUGCAGAUCGGAGACAAAACAAAUAAUUGUCUCAUUUUCGUGGUGAUUUGCUUAACUGGUGGGACCAUGCCAGAACGGCUAGCGGAAAUGCUCUUGGAUCUCUGGACUCCAUUAAUAAUAUUAUGGAUCACUUUCCCCCCUUGCCUUUACAUGGCUCCAUUGAAUCCGUCUCAAGUUUUAAUGAGUGGAUCUCCUUUGGAACUAAGCCGGCUGAGGGAAGAACAGCGGAUUUUGAACCGCUCCAAAAGAGGCUGGGUUUGGAAUCAAAUGUUCGUCCUGGAAGAGUUUUCUGGACCUGAACCGAUUCUUGUUGGCCGGCUACACACAGACCUGGAUCCUGGAAGUAAAAAAAUCAAGUAUAUCCUGUCAGGUGAUGGUGCUGGGACAAUCUUUCAAAUAAAUGAUGCAACUGGAGAUAUCCAUGCUAUAAAAAGACUUGACAGAGAAGAAAAGGCUGAGUACACUUUAACAGCUCAGGCUGUGGACUGGGAGACAAACAAACCUCUUGAGCCACCUUCUGAAUUUAUUAUUAAAGUUCAAGACAUCAACGACAAUGCACCAGAGUUUCUUAAUGGACCCUAUCAUGCUACUGUUCCAGAGAUGUCCAUUUUAGGUACGUCUGUCACUAAUGUCACAGCUACUGACGCCGAUGACCCAGUUUAUGGAAACAGUGCAAAGUUGGUUUAUAGCAUCUUGGAAGGGCAGCCUUAUUUCUCCAUUGAGCCUGAAACAGCUAUUAUAAAAACUGCCCUUCCCAAUAUGGACAGAGAAGCUAAGGAGGAGUACCUGGUCGUGAUCCAAGCCAAAGAUAUGGGUGGACACUCCGGUGGCCUCUCGGGGACCACCACAUUGACAGUCACCCUCACCGAUGUGAAUGACAAUCCUCCAAAAUUUGCACAGAGUCUGUAUCACUUUUCGGUACCUGAGGAUGUGGUUCUUGGCACUGCCAUCGGAAGGGUCAAGGCCAACGACCAGGACAUUGGGGAAAAUGCACAAUCCUCAUAUGACAUCAUUGACGGAGAUGGAACGGCGCUCUUCGAGAUCACUUCCGAUGCCCAGGCCCAGGACGGCAUCAUACGAUUAAGAAAGCCGCUGGACUUUGAGACCAAAAAAUCCUAUACACUGAAGGUCGAGGCAGCCAAUGUCCAUAUUGAUCCACGAUUCAGUGGUAGGGGACCCUUUAAAGAUACGGCAACUGUGAAGAUUGUUGUUGAAGAUGCUGAUGAGCCUCCUGUCUUCUCUUCACCGACUUACCUCCUCGAAGUUCAUGAAAAUGCUGCUCUGAACUCUGUGAUCGGUCAAGUGACUGCUCGUGACCCUGAUAUCACUUCUAGCCCUAUAAGGUUUUCCAUCGACCGGCACACUGACCUGGAGAGACAGUUCAAUAUUAAUGCAGAUGAUGGGAAGAUAACACUGGCAACUCCACUUGACAGAGAAUUAAGUGUGUGGCAUAACAUCACAAUCAUUGCUACUGAAAUUAGGAACCACAGUCAGAUAUCACGCGUGCCUGUUGCUAUUAAAGUGCUGGAUGUCAAUGACAACGCCCCUGAAUUCGCAUCCGAAUAUGAGGCAUUUUUAUGUGAAAAUGGAAAACCCGGCCAAGUCAUACAAACAGUAAGUGCGACAGACAAAGAUGAGCCCAAAAAUGGACAUUAUUUCUUAUACAGUCUCCUCCCGGAAAUGGCCAACAAUCCUAAUUUCACCAUCAAGAAAAAUGAAGAUAAUUCUCUGAGUAUUUUGGCAAAGCAUAAUGGAUUCAACCGGCAGAAGCAAGAAGUUUAUCUUUUACCAAUCGUAAUCAGUGAUAGUGGGAAUCCACCGCUGAGCAGCACCAGCACCCUGACGAUCCGGGUCUGUGGUUGCAGCAAUGAUGGUGUUGUACAGUCUUGUAAUGUGGAAGCUUACGUCCUUCCAAUUGGACUCAGUAUGGGAGCCUUAAUUGCUAUAUUAGCCUGUAUCAUUUUGCUGCUCGUCAUCGUGGUGCUGUUUGUAACACUGAGGCGGCAUAAAAACGAGCCAUUAAUUAUCAAAGAUGACGAAGACGUUCGAGAAAACAUCAUUCGCUACGACGACGAAGGAGGAGGGGAGGAGGACACCGAGGCUUUUGACAUUGCAACUUUACAAAACCCAGAUGGAAUUAAUGGAUUUUUACCCCGUAAGGAUAUUAAACCAGAUUUGCAGUUUAUGCCAAGGCAAGGGCUUGCUCCAGUUCCAAAUGGUGUUGAUGUCGAUGAAUUUAUAAAUGUAAGGCUUCAUGAGGCAGACAAUGACCCUACAGCCCCGCCCUACGACUCCAUUCAGAUUUAUGGCUAUGAAGGCCGAGGGUCUGUGGCGGGCUCCCUGAGCUCUCUGGAGUCCACCACAUCAGACUCAGACCAGAAUUUUGACUACCUCAGUGACUGGGGUCCCCGCUUUAAGAGACUGGGCGAACUCUACUCUGUUGGUGAAAGUGACAAAGAAACUUGACAGUGGAUCAUAAAUCAAUCAAUGGAACUGAGCAUUCUGUAAUAUUCUAGGGUCACGCCCCUUAGAUACAACCAAUGUGGCUAUUUGUUUUUUUAGAGGCAAGUUUAGCACCAAUCAUCUAUAAACUCAACCACAUUUUAAUGUUGAACCAAAAAAAAUAAGAAUAAGAAUAAAAAAGUUUAUGUUAGGAGGUUAUCGAUCUUGUGGAGUGUGACUUAAGUAUGUGGAGUGUCUAGAAGUCUUUGGAUAUUUGAUAUUUACUUGACCACCACAGGCAA